CACCGCGGAACCGAUAACGUUAAAAAUGACGUCGAAGCAGUGGCUAAUAGUUGGCAUAUCCGGAGCAACCUGUAGCGGGAAGAGCACAUUGGCCAAUAGAAUUGGCAAUAAUUUUCCAGGAUCUAUUACGGUGCGUCAAGACGAUUAUUUCUUGCCACCGGACGAUCCGCGUCACAUUAAAAUACCGGAAUUGAAUCACAUGAAUUGGGAUUUGAUAACGAGUCUCGAUAUGGAGAGAAUGCGUUUCGAUAUUAUGAAGAUAAUUCGCACCCGCGAAAAACGUGCGACCGAUUCAAGAAAGACGGUAUUGAUAUUGGACGGCUUUUUGCUCUUCAAAGAUAAAACUAUUGCGGACCUGUGUGAUCUCAAGUACUUCCUGACGUUGACGAAGGAGCAAUGCUGGGAACGACGAAAAAAUCGUGCGUACGAUCCUCCCGACGUGCCGGGAUACUUCGACAAAGUAGUGUGGCCUGAAUACGAAAAGUACGUGAAGGAGAUCACACAAGACGGCGACAGAACCAUAAAGUUCAUCGAUGGAUCCAAAGAUAUGGAAGAAGUUUAUGAAAUAGUUUCCAAGGAAAUCACCAACCAUUCGUUGUCUUAAGUGUAUAUUUUGGCACAGCCUUAUGAUAAAUUCAAAUUUUAACUCAAAAAACCGAUGUUAAAACAACCACUUUUCCAAAAAAUUUAUGAAUUUAUAUAUCAACAUUGUGUGUAAGUAAUAAAUAUACGUAUCUGAUUCUA